AUUGCGAAUAUUCCUUCCUUUUCUCUCUCCUUCAUCAGAAGCAGGUAGAACGAGAGGCCCAGCCCAGCCCAGUAAAUUUCGGCCCGUCAUAGCGGCCCAUCACGCUCCCCGAGGCGUCCUUCCGCAUUUACCCGGCGGAGCCACAGCCACCGCCCGCUUCUCGGCUUCUCCCUCCGACCCGGCGACCCUCCUCAGUCCUCGAUCCCUCCCGCCCCCGCCACGACCUGUCCAGCCGUCCUUCCCAUCCAACUAAACCAAACCCUAGCCAGUCGACAUGGGAGGCGCAUGGAUGGUAUGAGGUCGGUUCCCUCUCCUUCGGAUUCCAAUCUCCCAACUUUCUUCCGUUGGUGCCUCGGCGGCAUGGCCGUCUUUGCCUCCGGCUCAGGCUCCGCCUCCGCUGGGGACGCGGAUGCCGAUGCGAGAGUAUUACAAAUCAGGAACGAGUUGGAGGCGGAGUGCGGCCAUAUCUCCGCCUCGCAGGCGGACCUCCUUGCCCGCGCCCACUGCAUCGGCACCGGCGGCGUGGAGGAGUUGGAAGCGGACUGCGGCCAUAUCUCCGCCUCGCAGACGAACCUCCUCGCCCGCGGCGGCGUGGAGGAGUUGGAGAGGGACUGCGGCCAUACCUCCGCCUCGCAGGCGGACCUUUUCGCCCGCGCCCACUGCAUCGUCUGCGGCGAGGAGGAGGAGGAGGAGGAGGAGGAGGCCGAGGUGUUCAGCACGCCGCCUCUCACACAGGAACGGCAGAGUCAGGGCCAAAGCCAGCGAGGUCAGGCGGGGGAGGGGGAGGACGGCAUCGCCAUGUGCUCCAUGCCCUUCACCCAGACCCUGCCUUCCUCCCCUUCUUCCGCUUCCUCCUCUUCCUCGGAUAGCUGGGAGCAGAAGCCGCGGAAGCCACAGAAGCCUAGGAUCUGCACGAGGAAGGUGAGAGCCGGCGCCAAGAUCUGGACUCCGCCUCCGACUCCGCCUGCGACUGCGCCUCCGACUCCGACUCCGACUCCGCCUGCGACUGCGACUGCGACUCCGAGCCCCAGCCCCGAACUCGACCCUCUCGUCAGGAGUGUGCUCAUGGUCCCCACCGCUCCUCUUCCAACCACCGAUCAUGUGGAUAUCCUCGAGCUUGCUCGCAGCCGUGGCAUCUUCGAUGAGGCUCCAAAACAAGGACCUCAUACCACAAGUGGAGCAAGGUGAGGAAAUCUUGAAGACCGAUGCUCUCCAUUCCCAAUUAACAAGUGCGAGCAGGCAAGGAGCUGCCAAUGAUCUAGGACAAGCCUUUGUUCAAGCUGGGUUCCGAAGGGUCUGAGAAUAGCCUUUGUGCUGUAAUCUGCUUUGCUUUUGUAGUGUCUGCCCUGGUUAAUGCUGGUGCAGUGGUGCUAUGUAAGUUGAAUGGUAUGUUGGUUAUUUUGGUCGGCUUGCUCUUGACCCCUGGGUGAUCGGAGUAAUGGCUGUAAACUCUGUAAUUUCGUUGCUUUCAAGUAAUGAAAUCUGGGUUUACCCGUGGUGGAAAAAAACACUGUAUUCUUUUUUGAAGAUUUAACUUAGAUGAGUAGUCUCUUUCCGCUC